CGUCCCUGACCUCGACUGCGAACUGUUCCAGUGCGAGCUGGAGGCCAUUACGCAUUGAAGCCAACAGAACCACAUCUGCUAAAAGCAGACAUAUCCUUAAAAGUUAAUUCAUCAUUUUAACUCACCAGGACUUCUAGCUACUAAUCCAUACAAAAAUCUACUGGCAACUUCAUCAACUGGCGGGUUACUGUGGCACCAGGGUACUGUUACACUGACAGAGUCAGAGAGACAGGGUUCAGUUCAGUUCUGUUGUUUACUGAAGCUGGACGGAAGCAGCUGUGCAUGGAGUGUAUAUGGCCCAUCCUGUCCUAAUGCCUUUACCGUAGGAACAUGACCCUCAACACCCAGAGAGAGAAGGAGCCCCUCCAAAGGCGAGGCAGCACGCCAAUUCAUCCCCUUUACCAGCAACCACCUUGGAUCCCCAGCAGCACCCAACCCAACCCAGAGCAGCCCCGUCCCCAGCGCAUCCACCCCCCUCUGGGACAGUCAGCGUCCUACCACCCUGGAGACAAGUCCCUCCAUUACCGUGCCCAGUGGAGUUCAGACUCUGAUGAUGACUCACAGAGUGAUUCGGACUGUGUUUACAGAGUGGUGUUGCUUGGUGAUCAUGGAGUCGGAAAGACUAGCCUUGCAGGAAUCUUUGCCGGGAUCACAGACAAGGAUGAACAACCUGGAGAAGACACAUAUGAGAGGACACUGACAGUAGAUGGAGAGGAAACCACGCUCAUCGUCAUGGACAACUGGGAGAACGACAAACUGGUUUCCUGUCAGGAGGGGGAGGAUGGCCCCUCUCACAACGACUGUCUGAAGGUGGGGAGUGCUUACGUCAUCGUCUACUCGGUCACCGACCGCUCAAGCUUUGAUUCUGCUGCUGAGCUCCGCAUCACGCUCCGACGUACCCGCCAGGCCGAAAACCUUCCCAUCAUCCUCGUAGGAAACAAGAGUGACUUAGUCCGGUCGAGAGAAGUUGCUGUGGAAGAGGGCCGAGCAUGUGCGGUCGUGUUUGACUGCAAAUUCAUUGAGACGUCAGCGUCGCUUCAGCACAACGUGACCGAGCUAUUUGAGGGCGUGGUCCGGCAGAUCCGCCUUCGUCGAGACAGCACCGAGGCCAUUCAACGCAGGCGCUCCGUUUAUAAACGGAAAGAGAGCCUCACUUGUAAGGCCCGGCGCUUCCUGGACCGACUGGUGGCACGCAACAACCAGCGCAUGGCAGUGAAAGUGCGGUCCAAGAGCUGCCACGACUUGGCCGUUCUGUGAAUUUGUCUGUUCGCCAGGAAGUGUGUUGACUCACUGGAGCUCUCUCUGGUCGUGAUAAUGUGGACAUUAGUGUCUGUGGUGAUUCUAACGCUCAGCGCCAGACACGUUCAGCAGCGACACAGCAGACAGUAACAUAGUCACUGUGAUCAUGUUUGAGCAUCUGGUGUUAACAUUUGUAACAGCAGGUGACUUAAAUAUUGAGAUACCAAACAGUUAAGUGUUCAAUGUUCAUUGUGAGAGCGUGUUCAGUGUGUGUGGAUCAUGUAAUGUAGUUUCCACUGUGUCGCGUGUGUUGUUUUCCUGAGGUUUUGACUGUUUUUAGUUCCCCACUGUGCAGAAUAAAGUCUUAAUUAAGUCUUAAA